AUGGCCAUUCGCCUGAAUCUAGUAUUCUUGAACGGCACCUUCCCCCGAUAUACCGGGGAGUUCACUCACCUGGGACCAGCAUCUAACAGUGUUAUCGAUUACCUCUUGAUCUCCGCAAAUUUGGCCGUCAAUGUACUCUCCUUCCAGGUUGAAAACCAACAUUUCAGUGAUCACCUCCCAAUAGUGACCACUUUGUCAUUGUUCCGGUACCAGAAGGACUAUAAACACUCAGUCCCUCUGGAAACCUCAUCAGCGACCAAAAUAA